AUGGAUGAUCUUUAUGAAGCUUCAGAAAGGGGAGAGGAUAUUUACAUAUCCACCCUCGAUCCUUCAGUUUCUGAGAAGAUGGCGAACAUAAAUGUGAACGAAGCCUUUGAUAUGGUUAAAUAUUUAUACUCUGAGAAUUCAAUGGAAAACAGAGGACUGUUUGUAAAUGAUUUUAAGUAUAAAUUGGCCGAUAAUUCCUCAGAAUUGAACCCCUCUCUGAAACAGAAAUCUUCUGUUCCCCUAGGGUACGAUUAUCUGGUAUCCGUUGGGUGCCGAACAUGCGGUUCGUGCGUAGAUUUUAAAAAUAAUCAGUUAUUUUUUGAUUUUAGCAAAGUUAGAGACAAUAAGGUGUACCCUAACAAGUACUUGAGAUGUGACAACUGUGACUCCAUCAUUUCUCCAAUAUUUAAAAAGAGCGAGUCUGACUCAUUCUUUGAUAAUUACACAAACGCCACAAGUGCAAAUAAACACGAGGAUGAGGACUCUAAGGUCUACUUGUACGGAACGAGGUGCGGGUACAUCUUCGACGAGUCUGAAAAGCAGUGGUGGAAGGACUCGAUCCACGGCUCAUACUCGAGCACAAAACUAAUGCAGGCCAAAACUGCCAAUAAGUCGGGGAAGCAGACCGUGAAGUACAACUGCGAAAAGUGCGGACACGACGUACACCUCUACUCCACCUUCCAGGCCAGGUCCGCCGACGAGGGCAUGUCGAUAAUGUACGAGUGUUUGAAGUGCAGAAACAGAGUGGUGAUGGCUACGUGA